UAUUUAUUUCUUAAUUCUAUAUUUCUAUUAUUACUUCAAUAUUAUCAAUCAUGUCUUCAUUUUUGAAAAAAGCCACAAAAAAAGUUACUAAAGUGGCAAAAUCAUUGGGAGGUUCCAGUUCGUCCAAAAGAAAGGCCACUUCUACUCCGUCGGUAUCAACAACACCUUCCAUUAGUAAUUAUAAUUAUGAACAUAAUUAUCCGGAAGGGUACGACCCGGAGUUACAUAAUUAUGCAGAAGAAAUGGAAAGAGAAAUACAAAUUGAUGAAGAAGAAGAACAAGAAGAGGAACCAACGACCCCAAUUGGGAUAAAUAUAUCUCGACAGUCAUCAACAAGAUCACAUGAAGAACAAGGAGAACAACAACAACAAAGACAAGCUCGUGGUAAACGAGUCAAUUUCCAAACUAUCGAUGAAGAUGAACCAGUAAGACAACCUUUUCCAGCAAUGCCACCUUCUAGUGGUAGAGUUGUUUCACAUGUGUGGUCGUAUUUCACAAAAGAACCAACCGAGAAUCCAGAUAUUUUCUUAUGCACCAAUCAAAUUUGUGAAAGUCAAGGAGUAAAGCCCUUAGUUUCAUACAGUUUCGCCAGAGGUGGUGGUACGGGAUCUUUUAACAAACAUUUGGCAAAGAAGAAUGGAAUCACAAAAGAAACUCAUGCAGCAAGCGGGAGCGGGACCACAAGUGGAAGCCGACAGACACAAUGGGACAUUCCCAUCACAGGUAGAAGAGUUUUGGACGAAAAGCGAUCUCGUCUUGCUCCACAUAGUAUUCAAAUAUGUGUUUGCAAGAAAGAUUGGGAUCAAGCGGAGAUUCGAACACAAGGACUAAGGAAUGAUGAUGAUCAAGACGACGAUGAUGAUCCAUGGAUGAUGAUGGAUACAUCUGCAUCAUCGUCAGGAGGAGAGUCAGCGGAAGCAUCUAAUCAACCACAUGAUGAUGACGAAGACGAAUAGGAUCAAUCCGACAAAGGACAACGAUAAAUCAACAUUCAACAACUAUAAAUAAAAGGUAUGACAAAGAA